CCGAGAGCCCACCCGCGGCGCUAGCAGGGUAGUGUGCUCGGCGUGAGGCCAGCGGCGGCUCCCUUCCCUCCUCCUCCCCCGGCCGGGCCCGCAGGGGAGAGUGACACUCACCAGGCGGCUCCGUCCCGGCGGCAGCCCCCCGCGCCCCCCUCCGCCUCCGAUAAGCAGUAUCCGAAGACCGAAGGGCCUGCCCGAGGGAACGUCUGCUUUGAGGCCGCAGAGGUGCUGAAGCAUGGCUGACCUGGAGCACAACCUCAGCCUGGCGGACGCUCUGACAGAGCCGCCCCCCGAGAUCGAGGAGGAGGUGAAACGGGACUUCAUCGCCACCCUGGAGGCCGAGAAAUUCGACGAUGUGGUUGGAGAAACAGUAGAUAAAACAGACUACGUGCCUCUGCUGGACGACGACGAUGCGAAACCCGGGAGCCAGGAACCAAAGAGCAAAGCCCACGACGGUAUUCAGGUGGAACACACUUCAGCUUCUGGGCCAACAGUUGUAGAAAACGGUGACCACGGAAUAGAAGAUCACCGCCCAGUGUUCCCGGGAGCGAUCAUGGAUGAGAAACUGUCCUACAAGGAAUUUCUGGACCGCAACGAGUCGUGGCCGAUGGACGACAGAGACCUGUGCCUGGAGGCCCAGCCCGCGUUCCAGCCCGUGCCCAUGGACCCCUUCGGCAUGCACCGAGGGGACACCCUGCCCGAUUUAUCCUUUCCCGCUGACAUGAAGAACGUGCCGCUGUUCACGGACCACGUCGAUGCUUCCAGAGACAUCUACGCACCGCAUGGAUCUAUGAUGGUACCUGAACAGCCUUUGUUUGGGCCCCUGUAUUCUGCAGAGGCUCUGGACCCAUCGGCCUUCAUUGGCCUGGACUCAGCUGCAGGAUUUCUGCAAGACAAAGCAGUGCCUGAAGAACACUGGAUGGGAGCUCAGCACGACAUGAAGGGACCCGGCGCCCCUUUCUUUGUGGAGCCACCAGUGACAGAAGCGAUAAAGCCGAACUCGUCGGGCCGCCUGUCAGCGAUGGCUCCUCCUUUCAUUCCUGCUGCAGCCCCAGUGUCCCUGGGAGAGGCCGGAGCUGCUCACGGACCAGCAGAUGCGGCGUGUGUUCCUGCCUCGGCUGUGGUGUCUGCAGAAAACGCCGAGUCCGUUGCAGCAGCAGCCCCCGGCGCUCCUCAGGCUCUGGGCGCUGGAUUUGCGCCCCCGGCAGAUGCCGACGCUCUGCAGGCCACCGCUGCGGGGUUUGCUCCUGCUCCAGAAGCCAAAACGCCCAGUGCUGCCCCUGUCCCCGGGGCAGAGAGCGGCUUCCCCCCGGCACCCGCUGCUGCCCCCCCUGCUGCUGCGCGUCCGGAGCUCCCCCCAGCAGGAGACGCGGAAUGUGACCACGCUGCGGAUUUGGGAUUUGCCCCAGCAGAAGAUGCGGAAUCUCACCAUGCCGUGGAUUUGGGAUUUGCCCCAGUAGAAGAUGCGGAAUCUCACCAUGCCGUGGAUUUGGGAUUUGCCCCAGCAGCGGAUGCAGAGUCUCACCACGCCAUGGAUUUUGGAUUUGCACCAGCACCAGACAUGGAAUCUCAGCACGGUGUGGAUUUGGGAUUUGCCCCAGCAGCAGAUACUAAAUCUGACCACGGUGUGGAUUUGGGAUUUGCCCCAGCACCAGAUGUGGAAUCUCAGCACGCUGUGGAUUUGGGAUUUGCCCCAGCAGCAGAUACCAAAUCUCACCACGCUGUGGAUCCCGAGAUUGCCCCAGCAGCAGACGCGGAGUUUGCUCCUGCACCAGAAAUCAACCACCACCACGACAUGGAUGCUGCGUUUGCUCCCGCACCAGAAAUCAACCACCACCACACCAUGGAUUCUGCGUUUGCUGCCGCAGCAGCAUGCAAGCCUCCUCCUGCCACGGACGCUGGGUUUGUCUUUCCGGAAGCCACGUGUGUCCCUGCGUCUGAAGAGCGUGCGGCGGAGCAGGACAGAGCAGCCCUGGGCAGAGCUCCGGCAGAAGCGACUGCAAAUGUGGGAGAAGAGCCGAACGUCCCCGAGGCUCGUGCUGGUGUUUUGGCGAACGCCGAGGAGACCAAACCCCGCCCCGGGUGCCAGGAGGAGCGUGUGCCCGCACAGAGGAACCAUCUCGCCCAGCCAGUUCCAGUAGAAGCAAAAGAAGCCGUUGCACUAGAAAAUAACGACUCCCUUCCAGAAAAACCCCUUCCCAGCCUGGGUGUGACUGUUACAGAGAAACUGGAGGAGGAGGCCGAACACAACCACGUCCAACACGCAGAACCUCAGCAAGAGAAACCCCUGCAGGAGCCCACAGGUCUCCCUACUGCACAAAUCAGGCAAGCUUACAAACCCAGUGACCGCAGGUUUGGCAGAGCAAAGCCUGCCCCAGUGCCUAUUGCAGAUGUGCCGGGACAGAAGAGCGCUGACCCAAACCUAGAGCCUUGUUCCCUAGUGGAGCCCGGACCGGCCCCUCGCACUCGGGUUUCGCACAGGAAGGCGCCCGAGCAGACGCCCAACGCGCCGCCGGAGCUUGGGGAGAGCUGCAGGGACGCCCCGCGGGACGGCUGGGACGCGGAGGGGUCGCUGGCCGUCGUGAAGAGAAAGAAGAAGAAACCGAAACAGAAGAGAAACCAGCUGCCCAGACCCAUGGAGCUCUGGGAUGAAAACGCAGCGGGCUCAAGAGCUCCUAGAAAUCCUCCGUUUGCUGCGGAAUUGCAAAAGCCAGAGGUCUGUCCCUUUGCUGAAGCUCGCAAAGAGCAGGCGCUUGCCUCGGAUCUGCCAAAGGACGCGGAAUUAAUAACCCAGAGUCAUAACCUGGGUGAUCACAGUGCCUUCUCAGUGCCAGCACUGGCACAGCAAGCCCCAAAACUCAGUGUGCCCUUAGAACCCCUGUUGGGUGCGAAAAAUGAAGCCCCAAAACUCGGUGUGCCCUUAGAACCCGUGUUGGGUGUGAAAAAUGAAGCCCCAAAACCCAGCGUGCCCUUAGAACCCGUGUUGGGUGCGACAAAUGGAGAUGCCGUGAAAACAGCGGAAAGAAGAGGUGACGGUUUGAUGCCACAAGCUAAAGGCAAAAGAAAAGAGGUUCCCUUGCAGCAGGUGGGCAGGAGUGAGGUGGGGGAAUCCGGCACAGCAAAGGGGCCAACGAGGCCUCUGGAAAGAGAUUUUCUUGAUAAAAAUGGGAAGAGGGAGGAUAAGGAGCCAAAACGUGCUGAGCCGACGGCGUCUCUUCCAGAAGCGAUCAACCCGAGCAGAGCAGAAACUCCUUCAGACUCCGGUACCUCGGGGGGAGCAUUGAAGGCUCCAACAAACCCCACAAAAACGCCUGUUCCAGCAUUAAUUUCACCAAAACCUGAGGAUGUUACUCCUUUGCAAACCAGAAAGGCCGAUGGUUCAUCGGAGCAGCCGUUCCUUCCGCCAGCCAAGUCCGAUGCGACCGGCCAUCCCGGCGCUGCGGAUGGAGCGACGGCAGCAGGUUUCCCCGAUAAAAACAAAGGGAGAGGGUUUAUUGCGUUAGAGCAGCAGACUGGAAAAGAUCCCGAUAUCGCACAUGGGACGGACAGGCCGAAAAAAAAGCGUGGGGAAGGGAAAGGGAAAAGAAUCAAAAGCUUCUCCGAGCAGACGGCGCUUUCGGAGGAUGUGAGCAAACCUAGCGAUGGGGCCGGGGCGGAUGAGGCUGUGGAAGAAGCGGGUUUCCCCGGUCAAGGCAGAGGUUUGGCUGCCCGAGGCCAUUCCCCCGCGAGCGGCACGCAGGCCGACAAGCCGAAAAAAAGAGGUGGUGAUGGAAGAAGUAAAAGAGGGGAGAGAAUUUUGUACCAGCCGCCUUUUCUUGUGAAUAGGCUGGACGCGGGUGGUUUUCCUGAUGUAAACGAUAAAGCCAAGGAAGUGGGUGUUGGUGAUAAAGGCAGAGAGCGGGGCUGCGUUCCUGCUGGGGCUUCUCAGGAGAAUACAGCAGGUGUUACUAAAAUGCAAAGGCCAAGUGAAAUGCUAACAGAGGAGCCCAAAGAAAAGGCUGGAAAAGGUGAAAUGGCCGAUUUGGGUGCGUUAGACCAACCGUUCCUGCUGGAGAGCAGGAGGGAGGAAGCACAGCAUCUCAGUGCGGCCGACACGAUCGGCAGAGCAAAAGAGGUAGAUUUGGUUGAUAAAGGCAAAGAUGCUGGAGUCGCUUGUGCAGGUGAAGCGGUUGUGAGGAAUUCUGAUGGGACACCGGGGGCGGACAAACCCAGGAAGAGAGGGAGCGAUGGGAAGAGGAAGAAACCCGAGAAGAGCCCUUUGCGGCAGGCGGCUCUGCCGGACCCCGCGGGGGCAGCCCGCGCCUUCCCCAGCACAGAGCGGGUGGCUGGAAACACCAAGGAAGGGACCGUCGAGAAAGGAAAGGGGGCUGGUUUUGGACGAGAGCUUUUGCUGGAGGAGCCUGAAAUACAGGGUGGCAACAGAAGUUUCUCUGAUCAGCUGGUUCUUUCGGGUCAUAAACUAGAGGCGGCAGAGCCACAGCUGGCCCAGGCUAAGGGAAGGUGGCCCGUGGAUGCCGGUGAGGAGCGGGGUGCACCCGGGGCCGUCCCCGAGCACGGCACGGCCGCCGCUGCCAUGGUGGGCAAACCCAAGAGAAAAACUAGAGAUGCGAAAGGCAAAAGGGCUGAAAAUGGUGUGGAGCGCUGUGCUGCGCAGGGUGAGCAGCUGGGGAAUAUCCAGCACACUCAGGCUUUGGAGAACGGCACAGGGACUGAAUCCAGCAGCUCGGUGAGUCUGACCCAUAGCGCUGCGGAACCGGAGCCAGAAAAACCACACGCGGGCAGCACAGAGAAAUGCCAAAAACCCGAGGGCACCGUGCGGCAGCAUAAAGCAGGUGCAGAGAUGGGUCCUCGUGACAAGGAGCCCACUGACAGGUGUGAAGCGGAGAGGGGGGGUGGAUUUCCCGUCCUGGAGCAUGCAGCAGUGGCAGAUCACGCUCUGGCCGCGGUUACUGAUGGGUGUGAACAGAGGGGGGCUGAUGGGAGCGAUAAGAAGGCUCAAAACGCCUCUGAGCAGCCUGUGUUGCUGGAGCCAAAACCAGCUGGGAGGGAAGUGCGGCCUCCCAUGGGAUACGGGAUGGAAGACAUGGACUGGGUAGAUGAGAACAGAAACAUUACGAACUUCCCCAGCGGCCCUCAGGCACUUUGGAAUAAUAAAGGAAGCGACUUGGAAUCCUUUGCUCAGGCUGCAGUAACUGGCCCCGGUGACAGUGGUGACGUUUCUUCUGGCUUCCCAGAGCAGGACGGUGCAAAAAUCAAGGGGCUUCCUCCUCCUGAAGCUGUAACAGAAAAGAGCAGCAAAGAGCCUGGGUUUGGUGCCAAGGAGGAGAUGCAGACACAGAAAUCUCGUGGGCAGCCCACCGAUCUGGGACAGGGAGAGCCUGGAGAAGAGCUUCCAAAGGAGGAUGCUAAAACCACAGCUGCUGGUUCCCCGGCGGGGAGCGAGGCGGGGAAACUGCUUUCUUUGGACCGUUCAGUUGAACAGGACGUGAAAUCAAAGGACGAAGUUCACCUUCCUCCCGUGGCAAAGGUGGGUGAUAAAGAGAGCAAAACCGCUGAUAAAAAUGAAACGGCUGACAGCACUUCCUCAGAGCGGCCCUGGGAGGUGGCGGAUCCAGCAAACCGGGCAGCCGUGGGUGCCAAAGGGACGGAGGCGCUCGGAGCAGCCGCCUCCUCUGGCCAGAGGGACACGGGGUCCGUCUCCCCAGGACUCGCGGCGGUGCCGGACAGCAAAGCAGGAGCCGCCGCCUCAGUGGAGGAUGGAGCUGGAGCGGCCGAGCUGGGCGGAGGUGGGAAGAGUGAGCAGGACUCCCUGCAGCACCCGGGGGGCUUGGGCAGCAACGUGGCUGGAGCAGAGGUGGCUGGUUUCAAUGUGACCGCGGCCCAAACGACCCAGACAAGCCCCAGCGAUGAGCAGAAAGGCGGCUCCACGCCUGCCCAAGGGGACGCCGCUCACCUGGAGGACGCCCCGGCGUCCAAGCCCGACGUCGAUAAACCUCGAGACGCAACUAAAGAAAAGGAAGAACACGAACAAAAAGCCGUGAAGGAGGCCAAGAAAGUGAAAGCUGCAGAACAGCUCAAAAGCUACAUGAGACCCACCAAGGCGCGAGGGGUGACCGCGGCGCCCACCAGGCUGGCAGCUGCGGCCCGGGAGAAACCAAAGGUGCCGAAAGCCGCGGGCACGAGCCGGCAGCAGCCAGACAAAGCGAAAGCAGAGGAGGCCAAAGCGGGCGAUGCUGUGACAGGGAGCGACAUCACAGCGCCCCCCACCAAGGAGCUGCCUCCCAGCCCCGAGAAGAAGACAAAGCCCGCAGCAUCCACCGCGUCCACCAAGCCCGCAGCAGCGAGAGCCAGGCCGCUGUCCGCCGGCAGCCCCAAGCGCCCCGGCACCGCGCCCGCCCCCGCCAAAAAACCCGCCAGCCCCACGGCAGCGCCGGCCGCCAAGCGCCCGGCCCCCGGCACCGCCCGGCCCGCCGGCCCCGCGCCCAAAGACGCCAAACCAAAGGUUGCAGAUGCGAAGCCGGCGGAGAAGCGGAGCGUGGUCUCCAAGGCUCCGGCCGCCGCCUCUCCCAGAGCCCCGGCCCGGAGCUCCCCCGCUGCUCCCAAGACCACGGCGGCGUCGCCCGGCACCGGCCCUGCGAAGAGCACCGCUGCUUCCCCCCCGAAGCGGCCCACGUCCAUCAAGACGGACGCAAAGCCUGCGGACACCAAGAAAACCUCCGCCAAGUCACCAUCGGCCGCAGCCGACGUGAGCCGCCCGAAGAGCGCGACUGGCAAUGCCGUCAAACCCGGCGCCGGCACUGCCGCGGUGCCCGGAGCCGCCAGCCGGCCCAAACCCAAACCCGCUACCCCCAAACCCGCCGCAACCACAACCGCAACCGCAACCGCAACCACGGCAGAUGCUAAAAAACCCACGACCGCGAAGGCUCCGGCGAAAGCCAGCACCGUGUCCAAACCGCCGCGCCCGGCCAGCAGCGCUUCUGCUCCGGACCUGAAAAACGUACGGUCCAAAAUCGGAUCAACAGACAAUAUUAAACAUCAGCCCGGUGGAGGAAAGGGGAAAGUAGAGAAAAAGCCAGAAUCAGCCGCUGCUGCGCGAAAGUCUGAACCCAAUGCGGUCUCUAAAAUGGCUCCUACUAAAACAACCGUAUCAAAAGAGGGUGCCCCAAAACAGCCCAAUGGGAAAGUCCAGAUAGUCUCCAAAAAAGCGAACUACAGCCAUGUUCAGUCCAAGUGUGGUUCCAAGGACAAUAUUAAGCAUGUCCCUGGAGGUGGGAAUGUGCAGAUCCAGAACAAGAAAGUUGACCUCUCCAAAGUGUCCUCCAAGUGCGGCUCCAAAGCGAAUAUCAAGCACAAGCCAGGGGGAGGAGAUGUCAAAAUCGAGAACCAGAAGCUGAACUUCAAGGAGAAGGCCCAAGCCAAAGUGGGUUCUCUGGACAACGUGGGACACUCGCCGGCAGGAGCCGUGAAGGCCGAGGGGAGCGUGGAGCCGGGGCAGCUCCCGCCGGGCCCCCCAAACGGCACUGAGACGCAGGAGAAUGGCGUGGGGCCAGCGGGACCCCGCGCCGGGGGCGACCAAAGGGACGUUCAGAGCUUCGAGACUCAGAUCCAAGAAACAAGCAUCUAAUGAUGACAUUGUGGUAUCGUCUCCCGUCCCCCCCUCCCCUCUCCGUGUGUCCCCCCCUCCCCGCCCUUGUGUCGCUGCAGAUUGACCCCACAGGCUGACGUUCCGUGCGAAGGCCAAGGCUCGAACCCACCACGGAGCUGAACCCCGUCUCCAACCCCCACCCCUGCGGCAGCACGUCCAGCCGGGCCGGUCACCUUUGUCACCGCCGUCCCCCGCGGCGCUUUCUCAGCAAGGCUUGUGAUCCACCCCGACCCCGUCCCCGGUAACGCAGCUUCGCUCUCUUAACCCGGCCCUGGCCGCGGCCGCGGGGCCGGCGCUGGCAGAGCUCGUGUCCCGGCCCCGACGCUCGGCCUGCCCAGCGCCGCGGCCCCUCUUGGGCUGGAGAGGGGUUUCCUUCCCUGGUGGUGCCGGAGCCGGAGCCGGAGCCGGAGCCGCGGCCGCUGUGGCGGGGCCGAGCCGGGCGGCGUUAACAGGGACGAGCUGUGAUCUCUCUCGCUUCCUUCCAUUUUUGUUUUCUAAACCCCACCUUUUCCUCCUUGCCGCUUCAGUUUCUGCCGAUCCCGUUUGACGAUGAUAUAUAUUAUACACACACGUUAGGCUGUUUUAACUGUUGACUUUAACCUUUUAUUCUUCGUGACGACGUGUUGAUGAUUUAUCGUGCUACAAACCCACGCUAAGUUUCCUUUUCUCUUUCCUUUUCCUUAACCGUAGGAGAGUAGAGACAUUAACCGCUGCUGCCGUGCCGGCUUUAUUGACAUAUCCAGCAAUUGUAACUUUUCUUUUGUUGUUGGGUUGGUUGUUUGGUUGUUUGGGUUUGGUUUUGGUUCUUUUUUAAUAUUUUAAAACGAUGGAGCAAACUCAUGGGAUUAAGCCAUGUCCGGAACGGAAGGCGCGGGAACGUGAUAGAGGAGGAUUUGCUGUGGCGGGCGAGGCGGAGCCCGAGUCGGGUCGGACGGGCGAACCCCCCGUGGCGCCGACCCGGGACCUUGCGGGUGAAGUUUAGUGCUGGACCCGCGCCCCGAGCGCGGUUCGGGGCGGCGGCUCCGGGGCGCAGGCGGCGCGGGGCCGUGUCGGAGCAGGACGGGGCUGCGAGCGGUGGCGCUGAGCCGGGGCCGAGCGCCCGGGGCCGGCGGGUGAGGCGCGAGCUCCUCGUUUCGUGUUGCGAAUGACACUAAAGAAAUUAAAUGUAAAUAAAUCGAAAAAAAGUAAAAAAAAAAAAAAACAAAACAACAAAAAAAGCGUUCUUGGGUCGUCAGAGUAAUUUAAGCAGCGCGGAGCAGCGGGGGGCAGUGCCGGAGCAGCGGGCGCGGGGCCGCAGCCACACGAGAACCCGCAGUCUGUAUCGACACAAAGAUUCUUAUUGCACUUGUAUUUUUUAUAUUAAAAGUUUGCAUGAUUUCUAAUAAAAUGGCAUUAAACUGUACUAGUUUGCAUCAAA